UACUGUGUGAGCUCUGAUUGGUCACAGCUUGUCACAUGGUACAAGGCUGUUGUGAAUAGCCUUGUACCAUGUGAUCUCUGUGAUCAUUCACAGAUCUCACACGUAGUAAGCAAUGAUGUCAGAAGUGACAUCUUGCUUACUACUCUUCAUGUGAUCACUGAUUGGCUAAUCAGUGAUCACAUGAUCAGGACCUCACACAGAGGUCCCGUCCGGCGAUCGGUGUUCCACUGUGUCCGGAGGACACAGCGGGCACCGGAUCGCGGUGCUGCGUGCUUCCAGGGAGCGGCGACACAAGCAGGUUUCGGGGAGGCCGUUUAUAAACAGCCACCCGACCCUGCACUGCCACCGUCCGGCCAUUUAUAUACAACGGCCCGACGGGAGGUGGUU